GUAUUUCCUCGGUGUGUAGAAACAAGUUUCUUAGAGCACGAGCCCAAAACGCGUCAGCGCCUCCAGCCUUUUUUUUCCCUUCGCCAUCUCUUUAAAUCGAGGCUGCGGCUUUUCCUGCUUGCGUCAUUUCCGGCGGGACACGCGCUUCCUUGUUUACGUGCGCGAAGCGCUCGCAGCAGCAGCAGGGUGUCGUCCAGCGUCUGCUGCCGGUCGCUGCAAUCAUUGGCAAUGGGAGAGGACGGGGACGGAGAGAUAAUCGAGCAUCACGUCAACGAGGAGAUGGAGAAGAAGAGGCGCUUCGCCCGGCGGCCCGAGUCUUUCCUGGAGAGUCUCACUCUGUCCGAGAGGGAGGGACACAGCAGCACGCAGUCCUCGCACCGGCUGCUGGCGUACAGCGACGCGCUCAUCUCCAUCAUCGCCACGGUCAUGAUAUUGCCUGUUGCACACACAAAAAUUCAAGACAACGAGGAAUUAAGGGAGAGUUUGCAGCAGCAUCUCACCACAAAGAUCGCAGUCUAUCUGAUGACAUUUUUAAUAGUGACUGUUGCAUGGGCUGCUCAUAUCAGAUUAUUCCAAGUAAUAGAACGUAUUGAUGACUGUCUUGCACUUUUAAAUCUUGCGUGUAUGAUGCUGAUUACAUUCCUCCCGUAUACUUUCUCCUUGAUGGCUGCCUUUCCAGAAAACAUCCUUGGAAUUCUGCUGUUCUGCAGCUGUGUCGUCGUGAUUGGUCUGAUACAGGCGCUCAUCGUUUUGUAUGGAUUUAGCCGACCUCAUCUGCUCAACGACCAGAUACAAGGGUCUCAAAACCAGACCUUUUAUAAGCACCACAUCUUGAAAGUCAUUUUACGAGUCCCUGCUUUCUGCUUCUUCGCCGGUGUUUUUGCCUUCAUCUAUCCCCCACUGUCCUAUGUUCUGCUGGCUGUCGUCAUCUUCUUUCCUUACAUCUCCCAGUUUUUGCAGUGGUGUUACAGUAAAGCUUUUGGCCAAAGUGAGGAAACGUCUGACCCCAUGCUCUUCUACUCGUACCACCCCAACGAGCCUCUCAGCAAAGAGCGAGUAGAAGCGUUCAGCGAUGGGGUGUAUGCCAUCGUAGCCACAUUGCUCAUCUUAGACAUAUGUGAGGACAAUGUGCCAGACCCCAUGGAGGUGCAGCAGAGGUUCAACAGCAGCUUGGUGGAUGCCCUGCAGGAGUUUGGCCCCGAGUACCUGGCUUACUUUGGCUCCUUUGCCACCGUGGGCCUGCUCUGGUUUGUCCACCACUCGCUCUUCCUGCAUGUGACCAAGAGCACCCGACUGAUGGGCCUCCUCAACACCUUCUCCCUAGCCUUCGUGGGUGGCCUGCCGCUGGCCUACCAACUCACCCACGAGUUUCCCCGCCACUCUCACAACGAGCUGGAGGCCAUCCAGAUCAGCUGUGUCAUUAUCUUCUUUGCUGGCCUUUUCCAGCUUGCCAUCUGGGUGGCGGCACUCUUUAACCAGCGGGAAACGUUGCACCCGUAUGUGCACUACGGGGGGCAGGAUCACACCUUCAUGCUCGCAAAGCUAGCGGUCUACCCAUGCGUGGCAUUGGGGACCUUCUUCGUAACCUGCGUGCUGAGCCGGUUCAGUGCCCCUGUCUUCCACCUGGCGCAGAUCGGUGUUCCGCUUGCCUUCCUGCUGCUGCGCCUCCUGGUGAGGGCUGCCCUGGCAGUGCUCCGCUGGUUCUUCCGCCCGUCCCACCCCGCCGCCCCUUUCAGCGAUGUGCUCACCUAGCUCGGAGGCUGAUGCACAGUGGCAUCAAAAGUCCUUUCAGGGCAUUGAUGGUAGAAAGGAAAAGGUGGCAUUCGGGUAUUGUUGGCACGCAGAGCGUUUUACCGCACAUAAUUUCCUGCCAGUUGCACUUCCUUAUUUUCCUCUAAUACAUUUUUUUAAACAGGGCGGCUUCAAAGCUUUAAAUUAGAAUUAAAAAAACGAAGCCAUUUGUUUCCUCUUGAAACGUUAAAAAAUUAAUUUGCUCAUAAUACAACCAUACAAAAACUUUGGGCACCCAAAAGUGUAAGAAUAUGAAUAUGAAUAUCGCAUGAGAAUAACCACACAACUAACCAAAUGCAUCUGUUGUCCAAAGUCUGAUGGCUCAUGUCUCGGACCAAUAAUCUACAUACUUUUUCAUUUCAGAAUUCAAGUGUUGCAUAGGAAUGAUACCUUAACUUAUAUUUUGCCUUAUUUAAUUUUUAAUUUAACUGACCAAUGAAUUUUUCAAGGACCUUUGGAAACACCAAUAGAUGGUACUGUGAAAGGAAAAGGUGCAUUUAACAGAAGGCGUCCAGGCGCUGGAAAUAAUAAAUAAUAGAUACUGAACAUGUGUGACUAAUGACCCUAAAAACUAGUUGGAAGAGAGCGUCUCAGGUUUUUCCAAGAAAUAGUCUCCGUCCAAACGUACAGUUUUAGGAUACAUUGGGGAAGCAUGAUUAAGCCUUAAGGGGGGGUAUGAGGCAGUGAUUGAUGACACAGGUAUCCCCUUCUGUCACUAUGGGAGUAGGUGGAAAAUGGAGCAGACCACUGUAGUGUGUGAAAGUCUACGGCAGGGAGGUGUUUGGAGAACAGCAGGGUAUUUGAGGUUAGUGUACUUGAGGGCUCUGAUCAGCCACAUGGUAAACCUUCAUCUGCACUUCAUCCCAUUGUUGAAAAGUGGAAUACAUUUUAUUUCCCUUAUUUCAUCUGGAAAUGGAAUGUAGUUGUGCAGUUGCCUAGUUAGAUGAUAUAUACGAAUACAAGGGGUCAAGUGGUUGAUCUGUAAGGUUUUUCAAUGACUUUAGCCUGAAGCACUAAUAGAUCAGUCUUAUUAUGAGUGUAUAGUUGUUCAGAAUGGAUAUCUGAAUAUUUUGCAUUUCAAGUAACAGUAAUUAUAACUGUGCUGAUUACAAAAUUAAACCUGGGAAACACUAGGGUUUAGUUCUGGUCCAGGUGGUCCUCCACUUACAAUAUGUGUAACUUACAACUCGGCUCGACUUUCGACAGCCUUCCUGUUAACCUCAUAAUAUCGAGUCCCAACAUUUGUUCGUAAUGUCUAACAACGACCACUCUGUCCUUUGAAGGAUAACGUUGGUUGGCCGGUGCUGCCGCAAGGUAAUUUCUUAUUGACUUACUAUGUCUGUCAGUCAUUGUUACUGUUAUGCAUUUACAA